AUGGAGCGGGACCAGACCGCUGAUGACGAGAGCGAAUCGAGUGAGAGCGUCGACGACGAAGGGCUGCGCCGCCAGGUACUAGAGGUUGACGGAGAGCCCGACUAUGCCAGUGGACCUCCGAUGGACGGUUUCGAGUACCUCAGGCGCGUAGCUUACGAAGCAAGACAGAGUCCAGAUAUAAUGCGCGCGGAGAACUUGGACGCGAGCGUGUUCUCGACACAGAGCGCAGGCGUUUACGCCGCCAAAGUGGACGAAGAGACAGAACUUGCGCCGCCGGAUUGGGCGAAACCGAAUCGCGAGUGGACACGACGAACGGUUGGCGAUUUUAGUGAUUUAAGGAUUCAUGUCUCUCGAAUGCUCGCGUCGACUUCGACACGAAACUGUAGCGGCGCGAGUGGGACGUCGGCGUAUCCGCGUUGCGGAGAUCGAAGGGCGUGGGAAAAGCUAUGCGCGGAAAUCGUGGAGCCGCCAAUCGGAGCGGUCUUGGCCAUGGAUGCCGUCACGUGCGCGCACUUACUUCGUCACGUCUCUCACGCGUUGUGCAGGUAUGAUUACGACGGUGAUAAUGCAGAUUUCGAGGAGAUCAUUAGGCUGUUGAGAUGGUUUCACGCGCUCUGCGCACGCGUAGAUUUACCCCUCGAUCCAGACACAGAGGCGGGAAUACGAUCGGCGAUGAAGGGCGUUGCUCGAGGCAGAUUAUCGGUGGUGUCCGGAGAAGACGCGCUCGUAGCACAUUUCAAUCUCGCGAUUGCGAUUGGUGGUGGGUACUUCAAGCAGUGGCGAGAGUGA